AUGGCAGCCACUGUAAAUCGACAAUGGCGACUCAAUGGCUUUACCGGCUUUGACUCACUUGUGCUCAAAGAAAACCGCAUCCCAGAAAUCGGCGACUCGGACGUUCUCGUGCGUUGGAAGUAUGCGUCGCUUAAUUAUCGUGAUUUAGUCGUCUCAAAGGGCACAUAUCCUCUCGGAGCUCUCGACGGUAUUGUUGUAGGUUCUGACGCAGCCGGUGAAGUUGUCAAGAUCGGAUCACAGGUGCGGUUAUUCGAGCCAGGAGACCGAGUCACUGGCAUUCACUUGCAGACAUGGCAAGAAGGCACCCUCAAGGCAGAAGAUAUCGGCAACGCUACCGGCGGUAAACUCGACGGGGUGCUACAGGAAUAUGGAGUAGUCCCUGAGAGCGGACUCGUCAAGAUUCCUGACACACUGGAUUUGCAACAAGGCAGCACUUUGACUAUUGCGGCCAUAACGGCCUGGGAUUCUCUUGUUGGCCUUCCAAGCAAGCGUCUCGAAGCUGGUCAAUGGGUGCUGACUCAGGGCUCUGGCGGAGUAUCUGUAUUCGCCAUUCAGUUUGCCAAAGCAAUGGGAGCCCAUGUAAUUGCCACCAGCUCCAGCCAAGCAAAGAUGGACCGGCUAAUGGAACUCGGCGCAGACUAUGUCAUCAACUACAAAGAAGUCCCAGAAUGGGGAGCAGAAGCCAAAAGAAUCGCCAACGGCGCGGGCGUAGAUCAUGUCAUCGAGGUUGGAGGACCAGGCACGCUCCGCCAAUCUCUCAACGCCAUCAAAAUCCAAGGCGUCAUCAGUCUUGUCGGCUUCAUGGCUGUUAGCGAAAAUAGCAAUGAGCCCAAGUUGUUGGAGGUGCUUUACUAUGGUUGUAUAGCUCGUGGCGUCUUGGUCAGCAGCAAGCAGGAGUUCCAGAAGAUGAACGCGUUUAUCGACGCAAACAACAUCAAACCGGUGAUUGAUGAAAAGGUGUUUGACUUUGCAGAUGUUCCGGCAGCAUAUCAGUAUAUGUGGGAUCAGAAGCAUUUUGGCAAGCUUACAAUAAAGAUAGCUUCAAAGUAA